CCCCUUUUGCCAGGCCGUCUCUUGCCUGUGCUCCCGGCCCGUCGCGUCUGCUGCCUUUCGCUUCUGCUUCGUAUCGUCACGUCAGGCCGGCCUGCUCGUCAGUUCGGACCGUGGGCAAAGGCAAUCACAGAGACGAGCUCCGAGACAGGACGCCAGAGGACAGAGCACAAGGCACGCCUGGCGAGGCCAAGGCCCAGGUCGCCUCGAGGCAAACGCAAGAACCGGCUCGCGAGUAAGCGCAGGCGCAGGAGCAAGCGCAUAAGCACGAACGAGCUCGAGAAGCGAAGCUGUGGUUCAUGUCGAACCGAUUCUUGCUCCUUCGAUCGCCUUCCAGAGAACAAGCGCUCCGAGCCCUUGCGUGUGCAGCCCCAGCAACUGAGCCCGGAUCCUCACCAAACGAAUUUCGACUCUCGCAAGCCACAAGGGAGAAAAAAAAACCCUCGAACGCUGGGGCUUCAGGCUGAGGUCAUUCCGGUCUGGUCGCUGCAUUGAUCGUCUCCCUCUUGACCUCCGUCUCUCCCCUCUCGCACGCUUUGGCUCAUUGCAGCAAUUCUUUGUUACACGUCAGGAACACUCUGCAACCACACUGCAACCAAGGGGAAAAAAAAGUCCCCCGUCUGAAGCUCGCGUGUACGUGUGCAGGCUGCCGAUGCACUAGACUCAAAUUAUUCUCGGUUACCGAUCUUGCGCACCUCGACCAGCGUGUUCCGCUGCGGCCACGGCUCGCUGCCGGAAGGAGAGAGAGAGAGAGCAAAAAAAAAAAAGUAGGAUAUCAAGACAAGCCUGUUGCUCGGUCGUCCACAUCUCGCCGCCCAUGAAAAACAUAUUCAGACCCAAAAGGACGAAGACAGACCCCGACGACGCACCCCCGACCGCAGAUCCCCAGCAGCAGCAGCCCGCCGCCACCACGAGCACCCGCACCAGCACCAGCACCAGCACCAGUGCUCGAACCAGCAGUUCCAGUAGUCACGGCCCACGUACCGCUUCUCGCUCGCCCGAGAAAAAGCCCUCGUCCUCAUCCGUGUUCAAGCAGUCUACCUCCUCCGGCGACAAGGACCGCCACCGUCGCUCCGAUUCGCAGCAAGGCAGCCGGUCCAAGCCCGCGUCUCCCACCAAGAAAUCAUCUUCUUCCCGCAACAGUCACAGAUACGAUCCCACCUCACAUCCAUUGAACCUGCCGCCCGACGAGCUGCGUCGGCUGUCCAUGUCCGUCUCCGGCGAGCAGUACCCUCAGCCGCCAGACGGCGGGAGGGAGUUCACAGCCUCGCCCACACCGUCGAGCCCGCAGAGUGCGAACACGCCUGGUGCUUUUCCCACCACAAAUGGCUCCAAAGUGAACGGCACGCCCCAUCUAGGCGAUGGCGAGGCUGCACCGCGCCCACCGCCGCACCGCAUUCCCACCAGCCCGCCUCCCUCUCAGAAUCCCACAAACCCACCGCCCACCGUACCGAUUGAUGCGGAGAAGUACAAGGCCGAGGGCAACAAGUUCUUCAAGGCGAAGGAUUACGCCAGCGCCGUGCGCGAAUACACGAAAGCCAUCGAAGCAGACCCCAAGAAUGCCACAUACUACAACAACCGAGCUGCGGCGUACAUAUCGGCGAACAACUUCCAGGCGGCGCUCGAAGAUGCGAAGCGUGCCGACGAGCUGGACCCAGGUAACGCAAAGAUCCUGCACAGGCUCGCACGAAUAUACACAAGCUUGGGACGACCUGACGAAGCGCUUGCCACGUAUGAUCAGAUACAGCCACCUGCCUCGGCCAAGGACAAGGCUCCUGCGAUGCAGAUGCAGAUGCACAUAAGACAGGCAAAGCAGCAGCUGGAGGACUCAUCGUCGGGCUCGAUGAUUGUGCAUGCGCUCGACCAGGCAGAGAAGGGCCUCGGCAUUGGAGUGCCACGGCCACGGAAGUGGGCGCUAAUGAGGGGUGAGGCGUUCCUGAAGAUGGGCAACGUUAACGCGCUGGGCGAAGCGCAAAAUGUGGCCAUGUCUCUUCUGCGGAGCAACAGCCGCGAUCCGGAGGCGCUCGUGCUACGUGGACGCAUUCUGGCGGCACAGGGCGACGCCGACAAAGCGAUCCAACACUUCCGGUCCGCGCUCGAGUGCGACCCAGAGUUCAAGAGCGCGAUCAAGUUCCUGCGGAUGGUGCAGAAGCUGGAGCGCACCAAGGCGGAAGGCAACACACUCUUCAAGACGGGCAAGUACAAGGAAGCCAUCGACAUCUACUCGCAGGCGCUCGAGAUCGACCCGACCAACCGCGUGACCAACUCGAAGAUCCUGCAGAACCGAGCACUGUGCUACAUCAAGCUUAAGGACUACAAGCCUGCCAUUGCGGACUGCACGCGCGCUCUAGAGCUCGACCCGUCGUACACCAAGGCGCGCAAGACCAAGGCCAAGGCCAUGGGCGAGGACGGCAACUGGGAAGAGGCGGUGCGCGAGCUGAAGGCGGUUCAGGAGGCAAACCCAUCCGAGCCGGGUAUUGCACAAGAAAUCCGAUCCGCGGAGCUGGAGCUGAAGAAGAGCAAGCGCAAGGACUAUUACAAGAUCUUGGGCGUCGACAAAGACGCGGGCGAGACGGAGAUCAAGAGGGCAUAUCGGAAGCUGGCAAUUGUUCACCACCCAGACAAGAACCCGGGCGACGAGGCCGCGGCCGAGCGCUUCAAGGACAUAGGCGAGGCGUACGAGUGCCUCAGCGAUCCUGCGAAGCGACAGCGAUACGACUCUGGUGUCGACCUUCAAGAUCCAGAAGACAUGUUCGGAGGCGGCAUGAGCGGCUUCCAAGGAGGCCACGUAAACAUUGACCCGGCAAUGCUAUUCAACAUGAUGGGCGGCAUGGGCGGCGCCGGUGGUGGACCCGGUGGUUUCUCUUUCUCAACAGGACCCGGCGGAUUCGGUGGCAUGCCUGGCGGCAACCGACGAGGCGGGUUCCCAGGAGGAGGAUUCCCCUUCUAGAGCUGUGAAAAUGGUCGUUACCUCGAUUUUCCUGCUUUGCUUUUUUAUUCCCAAAUAAAAAGUCGAGAGACAGCGGGUGCACUUAGCAGAUGAUUUUGACAGCUUGUGGGAGGUGUUUUGCCGUUAGCGGAUGAUCGCGGGCAGCUGCGCUGAUGGAUGUACAGGUCAAUUUGGGCUCCGGCAAAGGCUGCGGCGUUUUGAUCUUUUUUUUUCUCCUUUUGCUUUCCACAUGUGUGUUCUGAUUCGGUUCGACGGCUUCUCGCUUGUGUUUUCUCCUUUCUACUUUGUAUCCUUUGAUUUCCCGAGAGCACUGGCAUAGGGAUCUGAUAGAGGGAGAAUGUGCAGCAUUUGCAGGCGUUUCUGAAAGGCAGCCGCGGCUCAGAAAUAGAACAAAUCUCAGAAAGAGUCUUGUACGAGCGAGCUCAGUCCGGAAACACAACAUUCGAUGGCUGCUCGUGACGUCGUUUUUCUCUUCUACUCUACUACGCUCAACUAGAAGUCAACCAUGUGGUUUGGCUAGACAGCCCACGGAUGCGUU